AUGUGCAGUAAUAGGCAAGAAGAAUACACGGCACAUAUACAAAGUGAUGGUCAUCCCUUGGAAGAGCCUACCUUAUUAGAUGAACCCAAUUCUCCGCUGGACAAAACCCAUGCUCAACCACCUUGGGAUCAACUUCUUCAACACAUGAUGAAUCUGAU